AUGAUGCAGAUAAGAGCAGAAAGUCAGGAGACAGAACGAAGAGAGAGACAAUCACUGAAGCCAAAAGGUGCUUCUUCGACAGGAUCCAAGAAACGGAUGACCCUCCGGCCGCACCCGUCCAGAAGGUACCCAAGGAGCACGGGCUGGUCCGCGGCCCCAACGCUGGGGCUGACGCCCGCCGAGCGCACGCGGGGCGCCGGGGCCUGCGGUCGCGCAGCUGAAGGUCCCGGCCCUUCCGUCGGGAGCGGCGCGCGGCGCGGCGCCGUCCACGGCGCGGCCUCGGGCCUCGGCGCCCGUUUCCCGCCGUGGCCGCGCGGGGGCGCGGCUCCGCCCAGCACCCCUGCCGGCCGCGGCGCCCCGCUGCCCCCGGCCUCACCUCACAAUUCUGCCGCCGGCCGGGCCUUUCUGCCGUCAGCCCAGGCUCCCCGCGCGUCCGUCCGGCGCCAGGCGCGCAGGUCCCCCGCCUCGUCCGCGCCUCCGGAAGAGGAGGGACCGCCCUCGCCGCCAUCGGCCUCGUGGCUGGCAGGCUGCGACGCACGCAUGGGGUCGUCCGCGUCCAAGGCUGCCCUCGGAGCCACCACCGACGAGCCCACCGAACCCGAGCCCAAACACCUAGCGGAUCUAAUCCAGUACGUAAAUGGAACAAAUAUGAGUGUCGAACAUCUGGCGGAUGUUCUCUCUGAGAAAAGUGGGAGCAGCAGCUGGGUGGUGGUGUUCAAAGCCCUGGUCACUGUGCAUCACCUUAUGGUCCACGGAAAUGAGCGUUUUAUCCAACAUCUUGCAUCCAGAAACUCUUUGUUCACUUUACACAACUUCUUGGAUGAAAGUGUCAUAGAAGGCUAUACUAUGUCAACCUUCAUCAGACGAUACAGCAGGUACUUGAAUGAAAAGUCACUUGCGUAUAGACUGAUUGCAAUUGACAUCACCAAAACCAAGCGAGGGACGAACGGUGUGAUGAGAACUAUGAAUACUAAAGAGCUACUGAACACACUUCCGGUUAUUCAAACACAGUUUGAUGCUCUUCUUAAUUUUAACGCAAAUCCCGAUGAACUGACUAAUGGUAUAAUACAUGCUGCUUUCCUGCUACUCUUUAAGGAUUCUCUUCGCCUCUUUGCAGCCUAUAAUGAGGGGAUCCUUAACCUGCUAGGCAAGUAUUUUGACAUGAGGAAGAACCAAUGCAGAGAAAGCCUGGAUAUUUACAUCAAGUUCCUUGGAAGAACGACCAAAUUGGCACAGUUCCUGAAAGUUGCAGAGCAAGUUGGAAUUGACCAGAAUGAGAUUCCGUAUCUUACUCAGGCCCCCCACAGUUUACUUGAAGCACUAAAACAACAUCUAGCUUCUUUGGAAGAGAAAAAUGACAUUUUACCUCCAUAUAGUCUCCAGCAGGCGUUGAUUCCCUCCAUCGCAAACAGUCGGGUUGUGGAAGCUUCAGCGAGCACAGCUUGGUUUGCAGCCCACAAACAUGCUGGAAGCAGGCAGCAAAGUGGAAGAAUCAUAGCAAACAAUCUGGACAGCUCCUUUGCUAGCCUGGUAGGAAAUCUUCAGUUUGGAGAAAGUCCUGUCAACAAUUUUGAUAUGAAGUGGUGCCAGCCUUCAGAGAUGGAAACUACUGGUGGAAUCAACUGGCAUUUGAAUACCUGUGCCUGCAUGUCAACCAUCUGGAAUUCCAUUUCUGUUCCUCCUGUUCCCCACAUGAAUACUCCAGCGGCAUCCGAGCAAAACGCUUCUAAUUUUAGUUCGCCAUCGACAUUUACCUCCAGGGUCUGCCACUACCCAGCUGGCGAAUUCUCGGGUUUAGGUUUCGACUCCAGUGGGAGCUCUUUCCCUAAUGACACCUCAACCCAUGUUUUCUACCCCACUGGGCUUCAGCACCGGCCCUCCUUCUGCUCCAUCCACAAGACAUAAGACAAAAUCCCUGUAGAAGCACCAAAGCAACAAGAUUCAGAAUCAGAGGUGAAGCCCCGUCUUCCAAGUGAAAUAAACAUUCGUUUGGACCUUC